CUCCUUCCACUUGUCACACACUCUCAACUCACUCUCCUAUUUUUCUAUCUACAUCUAUCUCUCAAACCAAUACUCCAACUACAAACUAGGACUAUCUCUCUUUUCGCCCUACAAUCUUAAUUACUUCCUCUACUACAAGAACAAAUCAACUCCUCCCACAUUUCUCUUCAUUCUCACUCACUUGUUUUUUUUCUCUCUCCUCAUCCUCUUUUUCUCCCUUUGUUUAAAUUGCUGGAGAGUUUUGCAUCAGUUGGUAUCAAAGUCUCUGCUUGCAUUCAUGCAUCGCCAUGGCUUUUAUGGAAGAUAAACAAUCAAAUUUUAAGCACUUUUGUAGAAUUUGCAAGAAGGGAUUCAUGUGUGGGAGAGCUCUAGGGGGACACAUGAGAGCUCAUGGACUUAGCGACGAGGGUGGAAAUCUUGACGACGAAGAUUCGGGGAGUGAUUGGGAGGAUAGAGAGAAUGAGCCCACCAACAAGCGAAUGUACGCGUUAAGAACGAACCCUAAUCGGCUAAAGAGUUGCCGGGCUUGUGAAAAUUGUGGUAAGGAAUUCGUGUCCUGGAAAUCUUUCCUCGAGCACGGGAAAUGCAGCUCCGGUGACGGCGAGUCUCUAGAAUCUUCACCGGAGCCUGACGGGGAGGAAAGAAGGGGGUGUCACCAAUGGUCUAAGAGGAAGAGAUCACUGAGAACUAAAGUGGGUAGUUUUAGUUCCAAAUGCCCAUCUAGUGAGGAGGAAGACAUUGCCGCGACUUGUCUUGUGAUGCUAUCUAAUGCUAGGGUUGACGUCACAGCCGCGGAUCAGCCGGAGGAGUCUUGUGCCUCCGCUAGCAGGAGGGAGGAGGAGCGGUGCAAUCCAGCAGCCACCUUCAUCUCACCGAUCUCGGCCCGGGCCCCACUGGACAAGGCCAAAGGGGUGGCAAAAGGAAUGUUCGAAUGUAAAGCUUGUAAAAAAGUGUUCAAUUCCCACCAAGCAUUGGGUGGACACAGAGCAAGCCACAAAAAGGUCAAAGGAUGCUUCGCAGCUCGGCUCGAUCACGAAUCAAACGAGGACGAUGUAAUCACACACGAAGAUUCUUUCCUCCCAUCGAAAUCCGUGUUGGUUGCUUUCCCACCCGAUCACAAUCAAAAUUCUUCCAAGAGGAAAUCCAAAGUUCACGAAUGCUCGAUUUGUCACCGGAUUUUCUCGUCCGGGCAAGCGUUGGGAGGGCACAAGAGGUGCCAUUGGAUCACAUCCAAUUCACCGGAGACGUCCAAAAUGUUCCAUCCGUAUUACCAUGAUCAAAUGGAACAACGCGUCCACGAUAUAUCUAAGUGGAUCAAUAAUUCCAACCCGCUUGAUCUUAACCUACCUGUAUCCCUGGCAGGCAAUGACCUUCCAGGGAUAAGUCGCCGCCCUCGAAAGCCGUUAAGCUUCGAGGUCUCUACGGAAAUUAACUUACAAUCUUGGGCCGACGCGGAGGUGCCGGAUGGGAAAAACUUUACUCUCCCUGUUGUAGAAAACAACAAUAGGAAUGACGAUGAGACUAACAACAACAUUUCACUGCAAAAUCACGAGGAUGAUGAAGCUGACAGUAAGGUGAAGCUAGCGAAGUUAAGUGAGAUGAAGGACAUGAACAUAAGUGGAAGUUCUUCUCCAUGGUUACAGGUUGGGAUUGGUUCAACUGAUACUGGUGUGGGUCCUGAGUAUCCAUAAACUUUUCUUUUCUUUUUUUUUAAAUUUUUUUCUUGUCCAUGCAAAGGGAUGAUACCAUUUUACUAUACAUAUAUUUGUAUUAGAUACUGUAAUUACACAUCAACAUUCAAGAAGCACAUAAAUUAAUCCAAUUUCCAGUUGUGCAC